AUGAUCAUCCCGGUGCGUUGCUUCACCUGCGGGAAGAUCGUCAGCAACAAAUGGGAAGCCUACCUGGGUCUGCUGCAGGCCGAGUACACCGAGGGGGAUGCCCUGGAUGCUCUGGGCCUGAAGCGCUACUGCUGCCGCAGCAUGCUGCUAGCACACGUGGACCUGAUUGAAAAGCUGCCUAACUAUGCUUCCCCUAGAGAAGUGACAUCUGGAGUUUACCCUCCUCCUCUGCUGGCCAUGCUGAAUUCAAACUGA